GCCAUUACGUUAUGCUUACUCCACUCGCACAGGCAGUCGGAGAGAGGGAAGACGUAAUGGUUUGAUUCCCCCUUGCGUUUGCAAUGGUCGUCGUCCUGACAUUACUCGGCAGAUUCCUCACACCGGAGGUGCAAUGAAGGCGGGGGCGUCGUCCAUGUGGGCGUCAUGCUGCGGGCUGCUGAACGAGGUGAUGGGCACGGGCACGGUGCGCGCGCAGCAGCCGGGCUUCGGCGCCGGGGCCGGGCCCUUCCGCUUCGCCCCCAGCGCCGGCUACUCCACGUACCCGCCCGCCGGCUCGGGGAGCGCCGGGCAGCUGUGCAAGGCCUGCGGACUCGCCUUCUCCGUCUUCAGGCGCAAGCACAUCUGCUGCGACUGCAAGAAGAGCUUCUGCGCCCUGUGCUCGGUGCUGCAGGAGAACCUGCGCUGCUGCACCACCUGCCACCUGCUGCGCGGCACCGCCUUCCAGCGGCCGCGGCUCAUGCAGCUCCGGGUCAAGGACCUGCGCCAGUACCUGCUGCUGCGCAACAUCCCCACCGACACGUGCAGGGAGAAGGAGGACCUGGUGGACCUGGUGCUGUGUCACCAGGGCACGAGGGAGCCCCCCCGAGCGGUGGAGGAGGAGGAGGAGGAGGAGGACACGCACGAGGAGGAGGAUGAGGAGGAGGAAGAGGAGGAAGAGGAAGUGGGAGACGACACGGACAGUCUGCACUCGCUCCCCCACUCGCGUGCCGCCUCGCCCCCCCCCUCCACCACGCGCUCCGCCUCGGAGCAGUCGGUCGUCUCUGCCUCUCAGGGAGACGCGCUCAGCCCAAGUGACAGCUCAGGGACCAGCAGCCAGGAGCACGAGGAGACCCCGACGGCGUCUCUCCUGAACCUGGAGCCUGCUGAGAACGUCAUGGAGGUCAGUCCGGCGACGCAGAGGAGGAUCAGGGCCUCGCUGUCGGACCUGGACACGGAGGAGGCCAUCGAGAACCUCUCCGUGCGCCAGCUCAAGGAGAUCCUGGCCCGGAACUUCGUCAAUUACUCCGGCUGCUGCGAGAAGUGGGAGCUCCUGGAGCGAGUGCACCGGCUCUACAGGGAGAACGAGCAGAACCGCAAAUCCAUGGAGAAUGUGAGCAUCACAGCAGUGGUUGCGUAUCCUCCACCUCUGUGCAACAGUGGAGUUGGAGACGGCGUCAGGGCGCAGCUGGUGGCCGACGAGAACCUGUGCCGCAUCUGCAUGGACGCCAUCAUCGACUGCGUGCUGCUGGAGUGCGGCCACAUGGUCACCUGCACCAAGUGCGGCAAGCGCAUGAGCGAGUGCCCCAUCUGCAGGCAGUACGUGGUGCGCGCCGUGCACGUCUUCAAGUCCUAGGCGCCCGAGGGCGUGCACGUGGGCCGCCGGACCCGCGGCUGAGGAUGAACUGCUGUGCAUGACGUCACCCGGGGGCCGACGCUGCCCCCCCCCCCCCCCCCCCCACCCCCACCCACUCCUUACUAACUGUUCAGCACCUCCGUGGUGGAACGUCAUCAGCAGCACCGGGACCCUCAGUCUUUCUGUCUUCGCCCACAGCAGAACCCCCCCCACACCCCCCGUCAUCGCUCUCUGACUCCAUUCUCCGUUUAGUGCUCGGCCGCCGUAGGGGAGAGGAGCCGCGUCCGGCGGGUCUGUUCUGCGUGGUGACGAGGUGGCGAAGGCAUGAAAAUGUAAGAUCCCAGGGUUAGAGUCAAUGGUUUACAGAGUCAUGCCGCGCGGCGCCGUGUGAUGUUCUGCAGUGUUCUUUAGGUUGUGCAAUAUUAGAGAAGAGAGAGUCACGCGUGCUUUUUAGAAAACGUCGACUUAUUGAUCCCAAACACACCACGUGGCACCGAGUGGUCCCGUCUCACGCGGGCGGGUGCGAGGUGCCAAAGGUCACGCCUUCCAUUGACACGUGGGCCAGGAUUUCACACUGCGACGCAUUUCACAACCAGCAACAUUGACGUGUUAGUUUUCUCUUUUCUGAAAUGACCCUUAGGAAGUGAAGUGGUGUCUGUGUAGACUUUGAGCUCCAAGCGUGUGGCGGACGUGCCCUCGUCUGGAAUAAAGAGCCCAGGCGUGACUUCCUGUUGUCUGCGCUGCGGUACAUUCCUGCUACGUUGACCCGGCGCUAACGCUCAUACUUGACCUUUUGAAACAGCAGUACAACAAAAAAAAGCCUCUCAACUCUUUUCAACUAAAUUCCACGUUCGUCUUCAUCUGUAUUUGGGUUCACCUGACAUCACUGUAACGUAGCUGCUGAUACGGCAGCAGAUCGUGACAUGCAGCUUUGGACCAGUGGGCCUUGAGCUAAGGCGGGACUCUUAUUUUGAAGGGUCAUUUCUCCUUCAUCUUAGAUAACUUCCACCAAGCAACACCAUCAGCGCCUGGCGGGCGUCCGUUCAGCUGCCUGGUCCUGUCUUGUCCGUCUUAGUAGGUAACAGGUGCUACUUCCUCGUCUGUGAGCGUUAACAUCCACGUAGCUGCUUGUCGUCGUCACAGCAUCCUUCCAAAAGUCCAUCGCACAGUGAGAGGUAGAAAAAGCAGGUUUUCCUUAUCUCUUAUGCAAAUUGAUCACUUUACUUUCUCGUCAUGAGUUGACUCCGAUGUCACUGAAGUAUUUGCGUGUACAGUACAUGUAUGCCUGAAAUGCUGGGUUGCCAGGUAGUGAACCACAUAAAGUAGCUUCUACUAUUGUUUACUGACAAUAUAUUAAAUGUCUAUUUUUCCAUUUACUUGUGAAAUUCUGGUUCUGAAAGAGGUUUUAAAAUUAAACAUGCAGUUUCUUGCGAAUGUAUUUCUGCUUUUUCGUCGUUGUUGUCUUUUUUUCCCGUCACUCAACAUUAAAGCUGCGCCAUUUUUGCAUUCUAGCACUUUUUUUGUUUUUGGUCCUCGUCUGCUUCGGAUCCAAACUGACACUGACACCGCGCACUGUAGCAAACACUGCAACGCUGUAAGUCUGUUUGUUGAUGCUGCUGUUUCUCAAAGAUGUCAUUCAUGGGCAGCUAGGAGGGGAUCAUGAGCACUCAAUCCUGGAUCUUUAUAUUUUGGAAUGUUGUACCUUUUUAUUUUUAACAAGAGAAAAUUGUUUAUUAGAUUCAAUAAAAUGCAGUAUUACAAACCAGAAAGUAAAA